AUGCUGAAACACCUCCACCACGGGGCCCGCAUCACCAUCCAGAUGCCCCCCAACAUAGAGGGGCACUGGGUCUCUAUCAGGUACGUUAGUCCUAGCUCCAACCCUAACCCCACAUGCUGAAACACCUCCCUCACGGGGCUAGGAUCACCGUCCAGAUGCCCUCGAACAUAGAGGGGUACUGGGUCCACCAGGUACGCCUAACCCUAGCUCCAAUCCUAACCUCAACACAACAGAGUGACACUGGGGCCGGGAUUCAAUCAAAGGCGCAUUGUAGACAAGCACGCUGCUCUUGACUUUUUAGGUAACUUAUGGUUGAGCCGACAUCGUAGCUUUUACAUUUACAUUUACAUUGACGUCAUUUAGCAGACGCUCUUAUCCAGAGCCACUUACAAAUUGGUGCAUUCACCUUAUGACAGCCAGUGGGACAACCACUUUACAAUUUUUAUUUUUAUAUAUUUUUCUAAUUUUAGAAUUCUUUUAUUUUUAGAGUAUAUUUUUAAUUUUCAUUUGUUUUAUAUAUAUAUAUAUAUAUAUCAACAUUUUUUUUUUGUGGGGGUGAGGUGGGGGAGGGGGGGUAGAAGGAUUACUGUUACCGUGAAUACGGAAAAAUUGCCUGCCUGUAGUGCAGUGCUCAGUGCUGCAACACGCCUUUAAAUGAAUCCCGGCCUCCACCAGGUACGCUCUCUGGCUGGGGGGAGACACUCACAAAUACAGUGUGUGAAAGAGUCAGUAUGAUGUUUACUUUGAGAAACCAUGCAACUCAAACUCCCCUCCACAUCCACCUCUCUCUCCGACGGCCAGCUGUGAGGUGCGUCCUGGCCCAGAGUUCCUGACGCGGUCGUACCGGUUCUUCCCCAACAACACGUUCCAGGCCAACCAGUUCUACUACGGGGACAACCACUGCACCACCCCCACCUACACCCUGGUAGUCCGGGGACGGCUGAGGCUUAGACAGGUCUCCUGGAUCAUCAGAGGAGGGACAGAGGCUGACUACCAGCUCCACCACACACAGGUAGUGUGUGUGUGAGUGUGUGUGUGUGUGUGUGUGUAGAAGCAGACUUCCAACUGCACCCCACACACAGGUUUGGUUUACUUUCAAUUGUAAUAAUAAUGAGUCCAUUAGGGGUAAUAUUCCUGGGUUCAUACAAAACUAAAUAUACAAUAGAAGCCAACAUGACACAUUCCAGUAAGACUUCUUACUCCUCAACUAGAUGAAUUUGCUAAUGUCUUGAAGCCCAGGUCAGUCAGCGUGUGUUUAUCCCACUACCCAGGUGGUCUGUCACAGUGCGGCCGUGGCCAAGGACCUGAGCCAGCGGUUAAACCAGAGCUGUCGCGGGAGUAUUAAAGCACCCUGGGAACCCAACAUCAGCUAUGAGCUGUGGAACGAGGAGGGCUGUGACCAUUCCAGAGAAAUCCACUUCUCCAUGCACGAGCUACAGGUUAGUGAGGAGGGCUAGACACCAGAGGGGUUGACGGUUCGAAUCCCUUGCCCGACAGGAAAAAAAUAUUAAAUGGACUGGCAACCAGAGGGUUGCUGGCAUCGAUAUCAACCAGUAGCCCUUGAAACAAGGCACUGAAACCUGCACUGCGGCUUUCUGUUAGACAUUAGUGUACGUUGGACCACAGAAUAGAACACUUGUUGAAUGAUAUGUCUAUGCAUUGGAUUAAUAAACGUAUUUCCUCUUGCAGCUGCUGCGUGUGGUGAAACAGUACCCUCAUCAUAACCUGGACCACCUGGUUGAAGAGCUGUUCCUGGGAGACAUCCACACUGAGGUGGCCCAGAGGAUGUACUACAGACCUUCUAGUUACCAGGCCGCGCUGCAGAGUGCCAAGGUCAGUCUGCUGCGCUGGACGUUGGGUGGGCCGAAA